AUGGCGGCUCUGAGAAGUCGGGCCAUGGAGGCCAUUGUUGGAGAGCAAGAUGGACUGUUUCACUUUGUCACCAUAAAAGGCUGCAGCCGCGCCUCCUCUCAGCCGCAGGUGAAGCGGAGCUCCAUCAGCCAGGAGAUGUUUGCUGCGAAGACUAAAGCCGUUCUCAGGUGUCUGGGUGCAGAGCGGGAUCUCAUAUAUAAUGAUAACCUGAAUAAUCACAUCGAGAUGUUUUCACUGGUCAAGAUCAAUAAGAGGAAAGGCUGGCCGAUCACCAAGUACAGCUUCAUUAAUCUGACGUUGAAGGAUCUCAUGUUUAAAGACGCCCCUGAAAAUUUAUCAGAGUUCAUCAGUAAAGGCAGUUUGCUGAAGGACAUCAGGACUUCAGACCAUCUGAGCUUGGAAGGAAAGCUCAACGCAUCUUUUCCAAGUGCUAAAAUUGACGGGGCAGCUGAAGGAAGCAAUGAAAGCAGCGCCUCUCAAUUCGACCUGAAAUAUGAGACUGUCAACUUGAGAGAAUUUAGAAAACGUUAUGAAAACCGGAAAAUCCAACCGUACCAACCUCUAAAGUCAACAGAAAGACUCACUUUUGUUUAUAAGAUCGUCAGGAACUCCAAGCAGGUGGAGCUGUUCAGCAAGAUUUCAGGGUCGGGAUCGGUGUCUGCGAAGCAGAAGCAAACUGGAGCCAUGUCUGCUAGGGGCAAGGGCGGUGAGGAGAUACGCUUCUCUGUUCCUGAGGAUUCUACUUUUGCUUUUGGUCUGGCAGAAAUAGACAUUACAGAUGAGAAACUGAAACUGCCACUUGUAUGUAAAGAAAUAAAACGACACGCUCGCAUACCAAGCCACUUUGGAAAACCUCAGAAAAAGAAGAACAAAAGUAGAAAGACAAAAGGUGAGACAGAAGACGAGCAGCAGAACCAGUGAAGGUGUCUCACCUGCAGACGUCAUGCCUCACCUGUGGUCACCUGUCUGUGUAGAAACAGCACCCCCACCUGGUCAGUUUGGUACCUACAGCAACCAUGAACCCAUCAGCUUUUACAACUUAAACCUUUACUUUAUGGAAAUUUGUCCUCAUUUAGGUGUUUUAAGUUUAUUCUGAACUUU